AUGAUCCUAUCCCAGGAAGGGCCAGGCGCCGUCCUGACCUCUGUGGGCGCUUCCCUCAAAGGCUUGGUUCGACGUGGUGACACUUUCUUUGAUUUGGAGCUGCCUCGGAAGGGCUCGCUGCUGACCGUUCGCACUGGGAGGAUGGAGAAGGACUACUUGAAAAAGGCGGCUUCUCUCAUUGCCACGAACUCGACACAGCCGCUGCCAGAGAAGUGGGAGGAUUGCUACACUGGCGACGACAAGACGAAAGCCAGUGGCCAUGGUAUCGUCAUCGCGUCCAAGCUUUACUCGCGCUUUGCGGACGAGGAUGAGGCAGUCGAUUACAUCAUAUUGUUAUUUACCGAAGCCAACUUGAUCUACAAGCCGCAACUCAACUUCGUGUUGGUUUGCAAGAGCCUUCACCUGCAAAAGGUUCAUGCUGGAGCACCCUCCUGGGAUGCAGGACCCACUUGCAAGCUAACCAUCGCCCAGCAGCUGGAUCAGUUCAAGCAGUGGGACCCUCCGAAACAGCAUAGCCUUUGGACCUUGCUUGACGAUUGUUUCGAUAUUUCCAAAGGCGGAACCAUCGGACUUGCUUAUGUGGGCACGCUGUGCAUGAUGCACAAGAAUUGGGGGUCCUGGCCGAACACUGGGGUAGUCUGGUACUCCGAGCGCACUUGGAAGACCUUUGCGCACGAGGUUGGGCACAAUUUCGGAGGUCACCAUUCCUUUGAGAAAGGCCAGGGAAAGACGGGAGGCAUCAUGGACUACGGCGACGGCACAUUAAACGGCAUCUUCCAGUUUAACACCCAGUUUCGAAAAGAAGAAAUCUGCCAGACCAUCAACUACAUCCUUCCCAAAUGCUCUGAGAUGUGGGAAUUCAGUGGCGAAUGCGGCAACCGAAUCCUCACGGACGAAGAGGACUGCGAAUGUGAUGUGGGAAAAGAUUGCGCCUUUUGCCACGACUGUGUCUUGGACAGCGGUGCCGAGUGCACACCUGAAGGUAUGGGAGUGAAGUCCGUUGGACUCGGGGUUGCCAGUGGGGCUUGCUGCACUGGUGACGGCAAGCUGAAGUCUCAUGGAACAGCUUGCCAGGUCCCUGGUGUGGAUGAUGGCUUCUGCAGCGCAGGCUUGUGCAUCCCCGCGCGUUGUCAGACGUACACCUUUGUUGGAAAGUUCUGUGGUAUCAACGAGCACAACCAGUGCAAGUUCAAGUGCAAGGAUCCCAAUUCCGGUGCAUGUGUCAAGAUGGACGGCUGGUUGGUUGGUGGCAAGCCGGCCAACCAUGUGCUUGACCAGAUCCCUUGUGCAUUCUCGGAAGAAGGGGACGGCAUCUGCAUGGACGGAGAGUGCAUUCCGGCCUGGUCUGGCUGCGGCAAUGGCUUGCGGGAGGCCGAUGAGGAGUGCGAAUGCGCCGAUCCGGGGACUAUGUCGUGUAGAUACUGCACAGACUGCAAGCUGCAGCACGGCAAACAGUGUACACCGGAUGGCAAAGACUCUGGUUGUUGCAAUGAAGACGGCAUGUUCAAGGCUGCUGGGACGAUGAUCAUGCAGGGCAACGGGUACCAUGGUUUCUGUUUCGCGGGUGUUACCCACGGCACCAAGUGUGAAGAGUUGGCAGCGGCUUAUGCCCCGACUUGGGGUGAUUUCUGUGGGCUGCAGGACAAUCCAUGCUUGUUCAAGUGCAUGUAUUCCGGCGCCUGCAACGCACUGCAUGGAUGGAAUCUGAAUGGUCAACCGUUGAACCAACUGCCAGAUGGAACGCCUUGCGAGCUGCAACACGUGGUUGGAUCGUGCAACGCCGGGGAAUGCAUCCUCCCGCCGACGACAACGACACCGAAGCCGACAACAACCAGCGUCGGUGCAGGCAGCGUGGACGUGGACUUGCCAACUGGCGACGAGGGGAGCACGACAGAAGAAGCUGCAACCACCGAGCCAGAAGAAACAACGGACGAGCCAACCGAAGAGCCAACAGAGGAGCCAACGGAAGAGCCAACAGAGGAGCCAACCGAGGAGCCAACAGAAGAGCCGACAGAGGAGCCAACAGAAGAGCCAACAGAGGAGCCAACGGAGGAGCCAACAGAAGAGCCGACGGAGGAGCCAACGACGGCUCCGAGAUGCAACGAGAUCAUGGCCGUGGGGUCAUUCUCAUGCCAGCUCCUCCAUGAUAGAUCUAGGAUGAGCUAUGCUGCAAUCGACACCGUGUAUGGCUCCGACUGUUCCGGCUGCCAGGACGCUACGAUGGGCAGCAGCGUGCGGGAGGCAACCGCAAUGACGACUGUGACAUGUAAGCCAUGUUGGAGAUUGUGGAUGCGAACAUGUGAUCAAGUCCUCAGCAAGUGGCGACGCCAGCCUGACCUUGAUGCGUGUGCGCAACUCCAGAGGAGAUACUACAGGGAGGAUUCGUGCACUUGCAACUGUGGCCUGUGCCAAUCGCACCUCUCAACCUGA